AUGGCUGAAAAUAAGACGGCAGAAUGGAUCAACUUUGCUGUGAACAGAGCGAGUGAUAUCCCUGUCAUUGGUGGACGUAUUCGUAAAGUGUCGAUGACUUAUGGGCCACAACCAAGUUUAACACAGUCUUCGCCAUCUCGUCUCUCCACAUCAUCCGAUCUACGACCUCCUCCAUCGUAUUCCUCGGUGCAGGCGAGUAGUAGCCUGGCAGUUUCCGGUGGUCUUGACUCCAAAUCUAUCAUUGAAAAGAUAGGAGCCAAGAAGGUGGCUAAACUGGACCGACAAAGCAUAAUACAAGGGUUACGGAUGGUCGACUUAGCAGCAGUCGAGUAUCAGGAAGGAAAUGAUAGCAUUGCAUUAGAUAUUUAUCUUCACGGCUUGGAUAAAAUCGUCAUGGGCCUUCCAGUUGAGAGUGAUCCAGAAACAAGAAAAGCUUUAGAACAAAAGCUACGUUUACUAGAGAGAAAGCUUGAGCUACCAUCAAUAUACCAACCUGUACAGCAUACUGAAAUCAUGCUAAAUUUAAAGUCAUUCAGUGACCUUAUCGUGCAUAUCACAGUGUCCUGUGCAAAGCUUAUCAAGGCCAGCCCUGUUCCUGGGAUCACAUUUUCUUUCAUCAAGGCCAGUAUUAGAAUUAUGCGGACAGCCGAUAACACAUUACAUAUCACUCAACGUAUCCAAAAUUUACUGAUAUACUUCGUCAAAGUCAUUCUUGACAUUGACGAAAAAUAUCAACUGCACCAACUUUUGUCUGAGUGCGUGCACAUGCUAUUCGUCGCCAGCGUCAAAGCUUCCAUUGCCUUUAAAGAAUCCCCUGGUUAUCAGCAAUCGAAAGCCAUUGAGAAGGUCACCCGCACAACGCUUUGACUCUAAUCUUGCAGCAACUUCUUUUUUUUGGGGGAGGAUGGAGGAUUUCGACUACAUGUACAGUAUACCUCAACACACAAUUGCCACCUUUCACUGUUUCGAUUCCUCCUUUCUCUUAUUCAUAUACUUCUAUUAACCUCGAUUAUACCUUUAUUCUACACUUUACCACUUUUGCAUUGACCAUUUUCUCUGUCUCUCUCUUUUCAGCUAUGUAAAUAGAGUAUUGUCCGUCAGCCU